AUGAAGGCAUCUCAGACGACCUUCGUGUUCGCGGCCCUUCUUGGGCUCGCAGCUGCCUCAGAUGACAUUCGCUGUGCGAGUGAAUCUAUUCCCGUCCCCGGCCUUGGCAAGGAAAUGACCUCUGCCAUGGACUCCAUCAUCAAGAGCACUGUCGACAAGGUCUGCGACCACCCCGAGAACUUCCUCCCCGACGCAGAUGGCAUUUCCCAGCUGUUCGGUCUCGAUGCCGACCCAAUGCAUAUUCAAAUCAAACUCCCCGACGCAGUCACCAAGAUCUCCUCUGAGGUCUGCCACCGCGUUCUCACCGCCAUCAUCGGCCAGUGCAUCUCCGACAAGAACGUCUUUGGUGGAUCUGCCGCCGUAGAUGGCGUCAAGUACGAGAUCGGCCAGCUCACUAACAAGCUCCCGCUACACAUCGGGACGCCUCUACAAAACAACACCCCAUCCGUGUCAGACGUCGCGUCCAUCGCGUCAAAUCUUCCUAUUUCCUCUAUCGUUGCGGAGCUGCCUUCUGCGAUUCCCACCGCAGUUCCCACCGAGGCUGCCAGCCUCCUGGAGAAGAUCCCUGGACUUGGUGGCCUCUUCAAGAGGAAGCCUAUUAACAUUGGUACUUACGAGCCUGAGUACUACCGCACGCACUACGGUGUUGAGCCUGAGGCUACGUCUACUGGGGCCGGCGAGGAGGCUGAAGCUACGCCUACUGGGGGAGCUGACAGUGAGGAAGGUGACGAGACUGAGGAAGGCGAUGAGACCGAGGAUGGUGACGAGACCGAGGAAGGCGAUGAGACCGAGGAAGGUGACGACGAAACCGAGGAUGGUGACGAGACCGAGACUGGCGACGAGACCGAGGAUACUGACGAAACCGAAGAGGGUGAUGAGACUGAGGAAGGUGAUGAGACCGAGGAGGGAGACGAAACUGAGGACGGUGACGAGACCGAGGAGGGAGAUGAGACUGAAGAGGGAGACGAUGAGGACGAGCCCGAAGAGUCUGACGUGCCAACCUCCUCCAUCGUCGCCAUCACUACUCCCGGACCUCUCGCCCCCACGAACAAGCCUUGGGUUCCUGGUUCCCAGCACUCUUACGGAUCUGGAAACGGAACCGGCCCCUUCCAAGGUACUGCGACCGGCGCCACUGGUGUUGCUGGCGCUACUGGCUAUGCUCCCGGAACUGCUAUCUUGCACUUGCCUACUGGAACCGCUUCGCCAAAUGUGCCUUCAGGUGGUUAUGGUACCGGCAAUGGCAACGGCACUUCCGGCUCCAACUCUACAAUCGUCGACAUCCCUACUCCCGUCCCUCAGCCUUCUUCAGGCUACGGCACCGGUGAGGGUGAGGUGAGCUCUGACAUUGAGGCGUCUACCACUGCUGCGCCUGCAUCUCCCUCGGGCAACGGCUACAACGUCGGCGGUGGCGAAAUGAGCUCCGAUGUUGAGGCCUCUACUACUGCCGCUCCCGCAGUGCCCUCAGGUGGUUCUUACAACAACGGAACCGUGGGUGAAGUCAGCUCCGACGUUGGGGCUUCUACUACCGCCGCGCCAGCAUCGCCUUCAGGUGGCUCUUACAACACAGGCGAGGGCGAAGGUGAAGUCAGCUCUGACGUUGAGGCUUCCACUACCGCAGCGCCUGCGACGCCUUCCGGUGGAUCCUACAACACUGGCGAAGGUGAGGGUGAAGUGAGCUCGGACAUCGAGGCAUCUACUACUGCUGCUCCCGCGACUCCCUCCGGUGGUUCUUACAACACCGGUGAGGGCGAAGGCGAGGUUAGCUCUGAUGUUGAGGCUUCUACUACAGCCGCCCCGGCAACUCCCUCAGGUAACGGCUACAGCACUGGCGGCGAGGAUGAGUCCAGCUCUGAUGUUGAGGCUUCUACUACCGCCGCACCUGCAACCCCCUCAGGUGGCUCUUACGGCUCUGGUGAGGGCGAGGUCAGCUCAGACAUCGAGGCUUCCACCACUGCCGCCCCGGCAACUCCCUCAGGUAACGGCUACAGCACUGGCGGCGAGGACGAGUCUAGCUCCGCCGUUGAGGCUUCCACUACCGCUGCACCUGCUACACCUUCCGGCAACGGCUACAGCACCGGCGGCGAUGACGAGGUCAGCUCAGACGUCUCAGCCUCAACUACCGUCUCCCCCGAAGAACCCUCCAUCCCCAUCCCCACCGGCGACGCCCCAGCAAUCACUCCCUCCGGCCUGUACCCCACCGGCGGCGAGGAGCCUUCCGGCAUCUACUCCUCCGCCGACAUCGUCCCCACCAGCGACGCUGCCCCCGCUUCGCCCUCAGGCAACGGCUACAACGCCGGCGAGUCCUCAACGCCAGAAACAACUGCCGCACCUGCGGUCCCCUCCGACGGCGGCGUCUACUCCAUCCAGACGGUGGCCAACCCCUCGCCCUCGACUACGAGCUGCACGAAGACGACGCUUGAGAAGCGCGCCCGCCCGACGCCCUUCGUUUGGCCGCAGUAA